GAUACCAUAUAAGUUACCAUAAUUAAUAAUUAAAUAUGCAAAAAAAACUUAUAAAAAUUUAUAAAGGUAAUGAAUCCUAACCUAACAUAAAUUGGGAGUUAGGGAGAAAGUAGGAAAAGGAAAAAAGAAAAUCAAUAACUAUAUAAAUACACUACUCCGCCACACCCCUCAACUUAUUCUGCCUUUUUGAGUUCUUCUCCCAAAACAAUAUCAAUGGCAUCAUCAUCGAAAACCGAACAGAAAAAAAUGUUAAUCCUAAAAUCGUCUGAAGAAGAGGAAUUUGAGAUUGAAGAAUCCAUCGCGGUUCAAUCUGGAACAAUUAAAAACAUGGUGGAAGACGAUUUCACCCUCAUCCCACUCCCAAAUGUCGAUACAGAAACCCUAAUCAAAAUUAUCAAGUACAUGAAGAAGCAUGGAGAGAAGACAAAGUCAAACGAAAAAGAUAUAGAAGAAUUUGACAAGGAAUUCGUGAAGAAGAGCUUCACAGAACUAAAGGAACUUGUAUUGGCUGCAAAUUAUCUUCACAUUACUAGUUUGAUCGAUCUAUUAUGUCAAGCAUUUGCCGAUAGAAUUAAGAACAAGUCAGUCAAGGCGAUUCGAGAGAUAUUCGGUAUCCCAAACGACUUCACACCGGAGGAAGAAGCAGAGGUUUAUGAGCAACAUAAGUGGGCACAUGAAGAAGGAAAAGAACAUAUUGAUCAUUCUGCUUAUUAGGUUAAUUUAAUUUCUCUUUUUUUUAGCUUUAAUUUAGGUUUUCUAAUUGUGGUUUUCUUUUUUGUCUUUA